ACAUUAGCUACAUGCGCUACAGUUUACACAAUGGGAACUGAGCGGGUUGAAGCGGUAACGGAGUUACUUACUGGACAUACUAUUGAUGAGCUACACCGUAUAGUUCGUCAGAAAAGAGCUGAAGUAGAACAUAAAAAAGAUGAGUUACGUCACCUUGUGGGUGAAAGACAUCGAGAUAUUAUUGAUGCUUCUGAUCGAAUACUACUAAUGAAGAACCUUGCCAAUGAAGUUUCCAUCUUAUUAGACCAGCUGAGGUCAUACUUGACAACUUGGAGUCGAGAUAUGGGAACAAAAAAAGAGUAAGUUAUCCGUUUGUUAAUCGUAGUCCUUCCGUUGAAACACAAUCGCUCGAAUUAUCAAUGGCUUCUCAAUUGAAGUUGAUGCUUGACAUACCGGAAUUGAUUUGGAAUUAUAUGGAUUUGGGACGACACUCUUCGUCUGCGAGAAUGCUCUUUCUUGGCAGACAUCUGAACGCUAGGUUAAAUUUUAGCCAUGAGCGACAGUUGUCACAUGUAAACGCAAGUGUUCUUGUCAGUCGGGCAUGGGACUCUUUGGUCCAUAUGGAAGCAGCCGUAAUUUCAGCAUUCCGCAAACGAUUAUCUGCUCCUCCGUCAACUAAAGAAGAAUUAUGCGAUUCUCUUGCUGCUCUGUCAAUGGUUGGUGACCUUUCUACCCUACAGGUGCUUGAAGAAUUUUUCAAUGGCAGAAAGGUUGGAUUAUAUUGCCUUCUUGGUAGAGAUUAUUCACCACACGAUGGGAUGAUAGGACUAAGACCUAAUUUUAUCCUAUCAAUUCGCAAACAACUUUUACUGGUUGUUAGACAUAUUUUGUCAACUUUGGAGUAUCUUGAGUUCCUAUUUUUGCCGAAUACUAGCGGUGAAGGAUCUACCUGUAAAGGAGCUCUCGAUUCUCGGAUUAAAUGGUUUGUGGAUUGGACAUUCCAAGAUUCACCCAUCUUCUCCAGAGAUCGUCUUUAUACACAUUUACCGAGCGAUGUACUGGAUUUCAAACUGAAGGAUUUUAAAUUUUCAGACGAAUUUUCUAAUUUUAAGCAGGAUGAACAAUAUAACUUGCUGAUAGACUUACUACGUAAACUUUGGGAUGCUUGGCGAGAUGACUCUAUUCAAAUAUGCCGAGAAGUUCUGUCAGAAUCAUUAAGCCAUGUGUCUAGUUUUGAAACACUGGUUGAUCUCCGUACAACUGCACUAGUUCUUGUAAAACGACUACAAACCUUCAGUUUUAAAAAUGGUGCAAAGAAUUGUGAUACAAGACCAAUCAAAUUUGAUAUUUGGAUAGAAUUACUGCGUGGUUUAUUCCUACAAAGAUUAGAGGUGCUAUUCACGGAGAGUUUUGAGAGCAGUUUCAAUGAAUGGAUUGACCAAUUCGAUCAAAUUUUAGUCCGUGAUUCGAAAUUAAAGAGUGAGGAUAACUUGUCGAAAAUGCUAUCGUCUAAAAAACCCUUUUUCAACAGUCCCAUAGAAAAUAGUCAGUUUGACUGGGCUAAUUUCGUCUGGUCAGACUGCCUAAGAGAUAUUAAUAUAAAUGAUUCGUCCGUUGUGCCAGAUUUAUUUUCCUGUGGAAAGUCCAAAUCUGAAGAAACAUCAGCAUCAUCGGUCAGUGCCUGGAAUAGUAAAGUUAUGUCUCAUUUGGUAAAUUCCAAUAAUGUAGGCUUGGCUGUAUUUUGUUGUCUUUUACAUUCUCCGAUUCCUGACUCAUUUGCUUGGAUUGAAAAUGAACAUGAACAUGACUUCACAUCAUCAGCUCAACUGUUAGUCUUUUUGCAACGAUUAGUCAAUGAAAAUGUCCCGUCACUACCUGGGAUAAUAUUAAAUGGAUAUACAGAUUUACAAAAACAGCUUCAGGUUUUAUCACCUGAAUUGUUAGCCUUAUGUGAAAAGUUAAACACAGCUAUUUCAAAUCAUAUCAUCAAGUUAACUUUGAAUGUUGGUCAGGAUGCUUUCAACAUCUGGUCGCUCGUAUUUACGGCGUUACAGAAAUCAAUGAAACAGUUAGAAUACUGGAUGACAAAUAAAGCUUAUGGAAGCCAAUCUUUUGAAAAUGAUUGCAAAAGUAUAUCAGUACCUUUAAAAGUUCAUCCAUCAUGUGGUAUACUUAUUUCACGUGCUUGGUAUGCUUUAGUAAAUUACUGUCCUUCCAUUAUUGCAGCCUCAAUUGCUGCCACCGGACAAAUUGAAUCAAUUCAUCCCGUACAUUCUGACAUCGAAAAUUCCGAUCGUUUGGUACAUUCUAUGGACAGUACUUUACCCAUGGAAAAUCUAGUGUGGAAAAAUAUUUCAUUGCUGCGUUGUAAAUGGGAAUCAUUGAGUCAUUCGUUAUUUGAAGUCAUUAACCAGAUCACAUUUGAUUCGUUGGUAAAAGGCGCAGUUGGGCAUACAAUUCUUGACGAAUUUCGUGAUAGUUUAUGUUCAACUUUUUUGAUCAAUUCCAAACAAACAGAUAAUGAAUUUAAAAGUGAUACGAAAUUGGACUUAGUUUUUAAUAAAAAUAAAGUUGAAAGUCUUUUAAUGAAAUACGCUAACACAGAUGCCAUACUGAGCGGUAUAAUACCUUUUGAAGAAGUCCGACUUGAAUUACAUUCUUCCGAACUCACAGAUGUUGAUGGUAAUUCGUCUGCUGUUGUGCGCAUACCUUCACAACUUUCUCUACCAACUCAUCAUUUACUUUUAAAUAUUGUUUAUACAAUGGGAAAAUUUGUUGUACAUAAAUCACUUCCAUCACCAUUUAGUCAUCUAUUUUUAUCUAAAGUAUGCACCUCAUUAUUUGAAAUAUACUCCAGUAUUGUUGACGAACUGCUGUCACAUCAAGAUAUAUCAAUUCAAUGCACAGACGAAGCAUCAAUAUGGUUUUCGGAUUCUUUGCAAAAGUCGAUGCAAUCACGGGCUUUACAAAUUAUGUUCGAUUUAAAAUUCCUCCAACGUUUAUUAGUUUCGUCUGUAUCUGUUAGUGAAGCUAGUCUUGCUCAGAAAAAUCAAAUGGAUGUCUCGUCAAAACGUGUUCAAUCAAUGAUUCAAGAACUCACCUCUCGUUUAGAAACACUUGUUGAUCCUUUCGAUUGGAAUGUAUGUGCUUCGAAAUUAAGUCGUAAUGUUGCAAAUACAAUUACAUCUACAUAUCAUCUGUACGCACCUAUUCUUGGUUCGAGUUCGUUUGCACAAGUUGAAACUUUGAGAGGCAUUAAAGCAAUCUCAAAAGAGGAGACAAAUGACAAUAAAUCAACCUGUUUUUUUUUACCAUGUAUUUCUGGCACAAAAAAUAAGACAAAGUUGAACUUAAAUCCUUUACCAUUUAAUUCAUCUAUAUGUGUCAAUAAAUGGUCGGUUUUACGAAAUGGAAAUCCAUACGCAAAGCAAAUAUGAGUGUAAGAUUUCAUCGCGAUUUGUCAUUGAUACAUUCAUAUACUUAGCGUAUAAUGCCAGCUUACACGAAACUGAUACUCAUAUUUUUAUGACCGACUGACAGAAAAACAUAGACUCGGAAUAUUUAUCUGAAUGGGCUGGGAAUAACUUCAAUGCCGAUUGACUGGGAUGUGGAUCUUUCUGAAGGCAUCUAUUCCAUCAGUUCCUUUUACAUCUUUUCCUGAUGAGUGCAAACAAAUAUAAAAUAAUGACUAUUUAGGACUCUAAAUGGACAUUUCCACAACAAUACUGGAUCAUUUAACUGCGUGACUACACUGAAUUUCGCUCUGAUCACGAUCUAAUACUUGAAACCCUGGUAAACAUUUCUUAACUACUCCAGAAGUUGACGAUUCACUACUUCAUCAACCGUUUCGCCAUCGUGACUUAGUAUCCUAUGCCAAACCUCAGAUUUAGCCACUAGUUAUCCCCAAAAUAUAGGGGCGAUACUUUGAAGACAUUAAUGAUCGGAUAACCUACGAAUAUCAUGUACUGUUGAUUGCUGUGGUUCACCCAUAGAGUAGAACAGAGCGAACUGGUGCUUAGUAAAACUGUUCUUUGAUUAGAAUAUGAACAUCUUGACUACGUCACAGGUGACAUAACUCACUGAGGUUUUGUCAGAUACCAACCCACUAGGGUUGAUGAAAUUUCCAAAAUAAGUGGGGUGAUUUAUCGGUAUUGUGAAAUUAUCUUAGUGUACAUAUUUUUCUGUUUCUUCUAUUUAUAUACACAUACAAAACGUAAGUAGUUCAGGUUAAACUACAAACAUCAGAUAAUCAUAAUCAACUUCACUUUUCAGCUAACAACAAGGAGAAAUUAGGAUUUUAAAUCUUGUUUUAAUUGUUCACGAGGAACAUUAGAGAGAAGAAUCUGUAGAAAAUAUGUUGAUCUAUGAUCAGCACCAAGGCUUGACUGACUUUUCCUUUAACUUUGCUUGAAAACUUGCUUUUGUUGUAGUAUCCGUCAUGCGUCCAAAAUACUGGAAUUUCCAAUGCUUAUCUCAACAUAGUGCACGCAGUUUCAAGUCACCUAGACUGGUGGAUACAUUGCAACUUGGUCGAUAGCAUUCGAUCUGCACUAACAAGGACUUGACUCACAUGACAUUGAUCACCACCCAGUGAUCAAUCAUUUGUAAUAGCUUAGUUUUAUUUGAUCUAAUAGAGGAUAAUAUUCUUCAUCCAGUUAGUUGUGUUCCUAUCAACAUAUUUCUGAUAGAAUUUUAUAUACAUAAAGUUACUUAAUUGGUAUUUCUUUAUAUCGUGAAGAUAUUUAAUUGUGUAUUAUAUGUUUUAAUUUUUAUUGAUUUUCUUACUAGCUCAUUUACAUACUUUCCCCCGCUGUGAUUUAUCUAAGUUUGUCCUUAAACAUGGGAUCGUAGUGAAUAGUACUUUUUUUCGUGAUGGACAUUUUUGCAAUACAUUCUAUUUGUAUUAAACUUGGCUUUUUAUGAAAUAAAUGCCUACUUUGUC